UUACAGGAGGAUGUGAUUGUACAGUGUUAUUCAUCUGCUGCUGAUUGUACUAGUAAUACUAAUGGAAUCAGUCUUGCAGCUAUUGACUGCUGUAAUAGAACUGGUGGAGGAUAUAUAUCUCAUUCUUCACUAGCUGCACAGUGUGGUGCAUGUGUUGCUGUUGGUUUUGAUCAAACACAAGUGCAUAUUGCACAAAGUGAUGCUGGUAGGACAUAUAAUUUUGAAGCUAAUGUUCUCUUUGAGACUCCUGGGGCUCCUGAUGUUAGGGAUCUGGAUUAUAUUAUUUCACGAGAGCCAGCAGUUGAUGUUGCUGACUACUUAAGCACAGAUUUUGCUGGACGAACAAAUGGUUUCCUACCAGAAAGGUUUAGAAUACGCUAUCUUUUACAAGGGAAUGCUGUUGCUCUCCAACCAACUCUUUCAUUUGAUUACUUGAUUGCUGCUGAAACUGAUCCAGGUGAUCCACCAAUACCAUCAGGAGUUGUACUUGUAUACAGACGUCUUAGCAUUACAAUAGAGGAUAUAGACAUAAUUACUGUUGGUCUUCAAGAGCCAUCAAUAGUUUUAGAAGGUAGUACUGCUACAGCUGUCAUUAGGCGUAAAUUAAUUGAAUAUGAAGCUCCUUUUGAAGUUACUGUCUCACUUGGGAAGUUUAGAAAUCCUUAUUUGUUUACUGCUGUUGGUGAAUUUGAUAAUUUCAACUUUACUGAGCAGCAUAGUGUUGUAUUUCAUCCAGAAUAUCAAUUUGAUCAACAUUUUGAACGUGUAACUUUCUUGAUGUCACAGGAUAAUAUUGUAGAAUUGCAAGAAGUGUUUCAGUGGAGACUCACUGUUAAUGAUUCUAGAGUUAGGAUAAAUCCUAACACUCAAAUAGUAAGACUUGACAAUCGAGAUGUUUUCAGAGUUGGUUUCAAAGAUCUACAUGUUACUAUAAGAGAAGGGCAAGUGGCAACAUUAACUAUAAAGCAGAUAGGAAAUGAGACUGGUGGUGUAGACAUUGGAGGAUUUCCACAGAACCAUCUACAGCCAGUUCAAUUAGUACACAUAUCUGGGACUGCUACAAAUGGUAGUGAUUUUCUUUUAAAUUCUACUGUUCCAAGAUUAACCUACAGUGCCAAUAAUACACUGAAUGAUAUGUCAUUCACUCCUAUCAUUAGUAUUGAUGAUAGUAUCAUUGAGGGAGAUGAAACAAUAAGAGUCAUCAUAUUAAGUAAUGGUAAUAAUGUUCUCCAAAUACCAAGAGAUCAGCGGACAGCUACCAUUGCCAUUAUCGAUGAUGACACUGGUGUGCUGUCAUUAGAGAGAAGAACAUAUGAUGUGAUUGAGAAUGAAGGAACUGUAGAAAUAUGUGCUGUACUAACUGGAGGAGUAUUACCAACUGAUACAGAAAUAACUCUACAAGCUAGAGAUAACACUGCAGUAUGCAUUGGUGAUUAUAGUACUCUUAGAAUUCGUCCAACAUUACAUUCAUUUGCAAACAGGGCAUGCGGCAGAUUUAGAAUUAGGAAUGAUCUCAUUAGUGAACAAUUAUUUGAGAACUUUACAGUAGCAAUAACUGACAUCUUCCCAGUAAAUAAUAGAUUAACAGUUGACAGGAGUCCAUCAUUCAUCAGGAUACAAGAUGAUGAUCAGGCUGAAGUAAGGUUUGCUAUGGGUCAAACUACAUUCUCUGAAGGAGGAGGAAAUCAAUCAAUCACUGUCAUACUAGGAGGAGCACAAUUGAGUCAAAGUGAAGAUGUUGAAGUAUACAUCGAUGAUGGAAUUACAAAAGGAACACUACUUGGUUUUGUCACAUUUAGUACUGGUGCUAUACCACAGAAUAGGACUGUUGUUUUUCCAGUAGUUGAUGAUAACAUUGCACUGGAACCUGAUAAACUUUAUCUACUAAGAUUAAGAAACAUUGGUAAUAUAGGUUUAGGUAAUCCAGAAACAAUGAAUGUGACUGUAGAGGAUGAUGAUGUGGUUGAUGUGUUCCUGGAAAGAAGAUCAUAUGAUGUUAUUGAGAAUCAAACUAGUAUCAAAAUAUGUGUUGUCCUAACUAAAGGAUUUUUGUCGACCCCAAUGAACAUUAACAUUUUUGAUGCUCAAGGGACUGCAAAAUAUCAAUUUGAUUAUAUUUUCUUCAACUUUCAUGUAAUACUGCCUCCAUAUAAGAACAGUACCUGUGUAACCCUCUACAUUGUCAAUGAUAAUAUAAAGGAGACACUUUAUGAAGAAAUGCAUAUGUAUAUCUUCAGAGUAAUUCCUUGGAAUAAAAAUCUGCAUGUGGACUAUACCUGGUCUACAGUUAGGAUACAAGAUGAUGACAAUUAACAUAUUCAUUUUUCUAAUUAGCAAAUUGUUUGCAUCAAUUUUGGCAAAAUUGACUACUGUUGUUGUCAUAACUCAAAA